CAUUCCAAUGCGGACCACAAGGACUUGUAAUGGAAUCCCGAGAUAAUCUACAUAUUGUCAUUUAUGAGCACGCCCUUUUUUUUCAAAAAAAAAAAAACCUCACAUUACGUUCGUUUCUGCUACAAUAGACAACAAGAGCUUUGGUGCCGGGCUGUUUGAUGAAGCAAAGCGGCCAUGAGUGGACAAUCUAAUAUUGACAUCUCGUACGACGGGAGGGAUGUUGGAGAUCAAUUAUCAGCCGCUCUACAUAGUACUAUCAAAUACGUAACCCAUCUCCAGAGCUCGCUAGAUGGUAUCAAAGACAAUACAAAACAACUUUUCUGGUGGACCUCGACCCUCGUGUCCAUAUGUCUCGGACUUUUCCUACUUGCCCAUCUUAUCCGCCUUCGCCGGGAGGUAACUACAUUAGUCCAGUACCAAGAGCUCUUCCGAAGAAUGUGGGACGAGGACAGGGAAAUAGAGGAAGAGAGGAUAAAUGAACAGAGACAAGAGAAGAAGUUGGAAGAACAGCGAAGACAAGCCCGGUCAGCUGCACGUGGCAGAGCUGGAUCGGAGUUCUCACGGAGAGGAACGCCUCGCCGCGACUGGGCAACAGAAGAACCAUACGCGCCAACAUCUCAGUAUCAUAGACCAUCACCAUUCGGGACCCAAGUCGACGCGACUCUCGAUAAUGCCCCAUUGCAAGGAGCAGAUCGUGAUGAAUGGGUUCACAGGGUAGCAUCUAUGACCCAGGGUCUAAGGCGAAAUUAUUACGAGAAACAAAAUCAAGUGGAGGAAGAUGAGGACGAUCAAGAGGAUAUCAUCUAUUCGUGAAGUUUUUUUUUUUUUUAAAAAAAAAAAA